UCCAAUUGCAACAAAAGAACCCUGUCAAAGAGAUAGAAAGUCUUCGAGAAAUUUAACAAAAUUUUGAAGCCAAGAGAUAGAGAGAUAUGAAAUCACUACAGUUUUGUGAGAGAAAGAACAAGAUGAUGGGAUUUGGAACUUAUGGUAAUUUGCUACCUAUGAAAAAAAAGGGUGGCAGAGGCUAUGAUGUGCCUGAAGGAGUGGACAUUAGGGGACGAUAUGAUGAAGAGUUUGCAAAGAUUCUCACCAAGGAUGCUUUGCAAUUUGUUGUUGAUUUGCAACGUGAGUUUAGAAACCAUGUCAACUAUGCCAUGGAGUGUCGAAAGGAAGCUAAGAGGAGGUACAAUCAAGGGGCUCUACCAGGGUUUGAUCCAGCCACUAGGAACAUAAGAGAAGGGGUGUGGACAUGUGCACCGGUUCCACCGGCUGUAGCUGAUCGAAGGGUGGAGAUUACUGGACCUGUUGAGAGGAAGAUGAUCAUCAACGCACUCAACUCUGGUGCUAAAGUUUUCAUGGCUGACUUUGAAGAUGCACUCUCACCAAGCUGGGAGAACCUGAUGAGAGGCCAAGUUAACUUGAAGGAUGCUGUUGAUGGGACUAUAAGCUUUCAUGACAAGGCCAGGAACAGGGAUUACAAGCUCAAUGAUCAGAUAGCAAAGCUUUUUGUACGCCCAAGAGGCUGGCACUUACCUGAGGCACACAUUCUCAUUGAUGGUGAACCUGCAACUGGUUGUCUUGUGGACUUUGGCCUCUACUUUUACCACAAUUAUGCGAAGUUCCGCCAGAACCAAGGUGCUGGGUUUGGGCCUUUCUUCUAUCUCCCUAAAAUGGAGCAUUCAAGGGAAGCAAAGAUAUGGAACAAUGUGUUUGAGAGGGCCGAGAAGAUGGCAGGGAUAGAGAGAGGAAGCAUCAGGGCCACUGUUCUUAUUGAAACACUUCCAGCUGUAUUUCAAAUGGAUGAAAUCCUUUAUGAGCUAAGGGAUCACUCUGUUGGUUUGAACUGUGGAAGAUGGGAUUACAUCUUCAGCUACGUCAAAACUUUCCAGGCUCACCCUGAUCGCCUACUACCAGACAGAUUUCAAGUUGGCAUGACUCAACACUUUAUGAGGAGCUAUUCUGAGCUCCUCAUCAGGACGUGCCAUAGGCGUGGCGUGCAUGCCAUGGGUGGCAUGGCGGCACAGAUUCCUAUUAGGGAUGAUCCAGCAGCAAAUGAGGCAGCAUUGGACCUAGUGAGAAAGGACAAGCUAAGAGAAGUGAAGGCAGGACAUGAUGGAACUUGGGCAGCUCACCCUGGACUAAUCUCAGUUUGCAUGGAAGUCUUCACUAACAACAUGGGCAAUGCCCCUAAUCAGAUCCAAAAUGUGAAGCGUGAAGAUGCGGCUGCCUUAACUGAAGAGGACCUCUUGCAAAGGCCUAGAGGAGUCCGGACAAUGGAAGGUCUCCGGCUCAAUACUCGGGUUGGAAUCCAGUAUUUGGCAGCUUGGCUUACUGGAUCAGGAUCAGUUCCUCUUUACAACCUUAUGGAAGAUGCAGCAACUGCUGAAAUUAGUAGGGUUCAGAACUGGCAGUGGUUGAAAUAUGAAGUGGAAUUGGAUGGAGAUGGGCUUGGAGUGAAAGUGACUAAGGAACUAUUUGGGAGAGUGGUGGAAGAAGAGAUGACUAGGAUUGAAAGUGAGGUUGGCAAGGAAAAGUUCAAGAAGGGAAUGUACAAGGAGGCUUGCAAGAUAUUCACUAGGCAGUGCACAACACCAACAUUGGAUGAUUUUCUGACUCUAGAUGCUUAUAAUUAUAUUGUCAUACAACACCCCCAGGGAUCAUCCAGUCUCUAAAAUACUGGUUUAUCAUCUCCUUUUGUUGUUGAUCUGGUGUUUUUAUUGUGUUACUACUACCAUUACUAAUAAAUGAAUAAAUCCUUGUCACUUC